UUUUGGAGAGAGAAAGAGGAGCGAGAGGGUGCAGGGGAGGAAAAAAGAAGAGGAAGAAGGGAACGAACUCUAGAGAGACAAAGAGGAGAGAGAGAAAGAAGGAGAAGAAGGAAUUUGAAACUGAUUCCUUUCGCAUUGGGUGGAUGAUUUCAAUUUCCACUCCCUCUUCUUCUUCUUCUUCAUAUUGAAAAUCCGAGCCAAAUUUGUAAAGAAAUCAACUUUUGUAUAAAGCCCCUUCUUACGGUGGCGGUGUCGGUGAUUGGCGGUGGCGGUAACGACGGUUUCGGUGGUGGUGGGGUUUUGAUUGGUUAUUAUGGCGUAUAGAAGAAGGCAGGGAAUGCCCAAAGGUUCGACCUCCAAAGAAGAAAUUGGGAGCCCUUCCAAUUCUCCCACUGAUGAAAGCUCCUCCUCGCCGCCGUCGUCGUCGUCUUCUCUGGCCGCGAAAGCGAUCAGAGCGUCCUCCGCCUAUCGCGAUUCUUCUAUCUCCUCUGCUUACGGCCAUUCUGCUAUCUCCUCCUCUGGGGACUCCAACUCCAACUCCAACUCCAACUCCAACGUUCCAAGAUCUUCUCCUCCAUCUGUAGAAAAGGAUUCAACAACUUAUGGGUAUACAUCGAUGAAAAAUUUGAGUGAACCUAAGCAUGGAUUUUGGGGAGUUCUGGCUAGGAAAGCGAAAUCCAUUCUUGACGAUGAUAAUGAUAAUGCAGCCCAACAAUUUGAAACACCCAGAAGAACAAGAAUGAAUAUGUCUGAUACAUCAACAAAGGGUCAGUCCAGUAAUCCAUAUUAUUCAACUGAGAACCAGCGAAAGACAGAUGGUCCUGCUUUACAGAAAGGACUAGGUGCAAUUGCAUCUUCUCUAAAUUAUAUUGGCGGCACCAUUGGUAAUGCCUUUGAGGAGGGUCUAACAGCCGUGGAGAACCGGACUGCUGACAUCAUUCAAGAAACUCGCAAGCUGCAAAUAAGAAAAAAGGGUUCAGAAGUUCAUAAUCAGGCUUCAAAUGUUCGUAGUACAGGGCAACAACCCCUAGUGCAGACUCAUGUGCAACCUCAGAUGCAGACUGAUCUAGAAAUCCAACUGAAAGCAUCUCGCGACGUUGCAAUGGCAAUGGCAGCAAAAGCAAAGCUGCUUCUUCGGGAGUUGAAGACGGUCAAAGCAGACCUAGCUUUUGCAAAGGAGCGUUGCACUCAGCUGGAAGAGGAGAACAGAAUCCUUAGGGAAAGUCAUGAAAAGGGAGACAACCCGGAAGACGAUGAUUUGAUACGUCUUCAACUUGAGACACUUCUAGCAGAGAAAGCUCGAUUGGCACAGGAAAACUCAGUCUUUGCACGGGAGAACCGCUUCCUAAGGGAGAUUGUUGAAUACCACCAGCUCACCAUGCAGGAUGUUGUAUACUUGGAUGAGAAAAGUGAAGAGGUCAGUGAAGUUUACCCCAUCAAGGUAAAACCAACUUCAUCUGUGUCCUCCUCCCCAUCACCUGAGAAUUCUUUUACCAGAGGUCCGUAAGUAAGCGAGGAUGUAUCUCCUCUCUCCAUAGCUUCAUCGGAGCUAGUGGUCUUUCAGAGUGCUACACCAUUACACCAUUAAGAUACCUUCUUAUACCCAUCUUAUCGGAAGAAGAUUUAGAAAGACCCUCAAUUCCUUAUAUGCUUGAAUGGCAGUGUUUCUCACUUCUCUCUCUCCACAAGGGUUUGAAUUGUAUUGAUAUCAUUUUUUACAAAUAUUUUUUGGGGGUUAUUUAUUGCUACCUUCUUCCCUUGGUUGGCCCACAUAUAACUAAUUUGUAUGUGCAAUUGUUGAAAUUUAAAAGCCUUUUGGUUUGCUAUCA